AUGUCCUCCAACAACUCCAGGGACCAGCACACAGAGUCGCCAGGCCCUUCGAUAAAGUCCGUCUCCCUUUCCCUCAACUCUUCCAACACAAAAAAGCCUGGCUUCAGCCUCUUAAACACCGCCCGCCAGAAAUCUACCCCAAAACCCAGCGCCACACUCCCCCGCCGCCCUCACAACCUACGCAACCACAAUGACGACUCUGACGCAAGCGGCGACGAAGGACAGCCCGCCUUCGAAUCCGUAACCGGCUUUGACACUCUCACAGGGAAAACGAUCUCGGCUGAUGCGGCACCGGAGAAGAAACCGCUGACGAUCCCCGUCGCGAGCGGGAAUAACUGGCGCGACCGGCCGGGAGUCAUACGAAGGCCGAAGGGGAAAAACCUACUACCAAAGGAGGUGCAGGCGAUGCAGGAAGCGCAGAGGAAAGGAGUGGAUAUCAACGGUGGGGGUGAGGCGGUGGGACCGAGUAUGUCCUAUGGGUUGAGUUUUGCGCAGGGCGCGACUGAGGAGGAGGGAAAGGGGGAAGAUGGGGAUCAGCGGAUGGGAGAGGUUCCAGCGGCGACAGUUGAAGAGGAACCGCGGAAACCGCUUACGGAGGAUGAGAUCGCGUUGCGAGCGCUUGUGCGCGAGAGUAAAGGGCAGGUUGAGGGGCGGUCGGACCUAGUGAUUGAGUCUAGACGAGAUGGAGAUGAUCAUUAUGACGGGCCUCAAAAUGAGACGAAGUCAUUCCGAGCAGAUGUCGCGGCGCGGCCGGAGUCUGCGUCGUUGGACCAGUACAAUGCCGUCCCCGUGGAGGAGUUCGGCGCGGCCCUGUUACGGGGCAUGGGCUGGAAGGAUGGACAGGCUGUUGGGAAGGGCAAGUACGGUGGUGCGGAUCCUGCCAGAGCAAAUACACCUCACGUCCCUGCUCGGCGACCUGGCUUCUUGGGGAUCGGAGCCAAGGAUGUCUCUGGGGGAAAGGGCGCGGAGAUUGAGCUGGGCGCGUGGGGGAAAUCGGCUAUGCGCAAAGGGUCUCGAAGGGCUGGAGAGGAAAAGGAUGGAGAGAGGAAUACAGAUGGCGUUUAUAUGCCUGUGCUUAUGCGGAAUAAGAAGACAGGCGAGACGAUUACUACCGAGGAGCUCACAACUUUGCAGAAGGAAGGGAAGAAACGGGAUACAGAUGACGACUGGAAGGAGAGACGGGAUCGAAAUCUGGACCGAAAUGGACGUGAUCGAGAACGUGAUCGGGAUCAAGAUCGAGACAGGGGCAGUCGGCGUCUAGAAUAUGGAAACGACGAAGACAGUGAUCGGUACGACAUUCGGCGGAAUGGCUCGUCACGGAGAGAUAGAAGUCGGUCGACGAGUGAUCGGGAUUCUCGACGACGCAAAUACGAAGACGACGGUAGGUACUAUCGAGAGCGCGACGGGGACCGUGAUCGGGACCGGGACCGAGAUCGUAAGCGUCGGUCUGACCGCGAUAGGGAUCGGGAUAUGGAUCGGGAUAUGGAUCGGGAUAGGGAUCGCAAAAGCUCGAGAUACUACGAUGAUGACCGGCAUAGCUCAAGACAUUCAUCGUCGAAUACCUCGAGCAGACACCGUGAUCGGGACCGAGACCGCGAUAGCGAUCGUGACUCUCAUCGGCGGCGGAAAUAUGAUGACCGAUGA